AUGGCGGCGCCGGUGUCGGCAACUUUGCCGCCUCAGCUCGCGGGCAAGUUCAAGGGGUGCGUCCCGCCGCCGCCGCUUCGUUGGGGCUUUGCGAAAUGGGGCUGGGAGAGGGAGCUUGUGUCCAGGUCUCUUCCAGGGUCUUCCUCCCGCUCUUACCAAGACCCUGAGCUCCUGUGCCACGUUUGCUUUGGGCACAAGGCCGGUGUCCAAAGUCUCCUUUAUCGCGCAAGGCUUUAAUAAGAUUUUAUCUUAAAUCACUUUUCCAUGCUCCUUGACUAGCAAGAGCAUCGUAAGCGUUUUCUCUCUCAUGGCAUAAAUCCCACUGUGUUCAACAGGACUUUUGUUAUUAUAUUCCCCCCACCCCCCCGACCGGGAUUGAAAGCGGCUUGCACAAAUGACAACAAGGCGGAUGAAAUAUGAAAAGCUAAAAACUUGCAAAAAUGAUCUUUAAAAAAUAAUUAAAGUGUAAGGGAAUUAAAACAAUAGAAAAACGAAUCGUUUUAGAAUACAGAAAAUAAAAACAACUUAGAAUAUAAGAGUUGGAGGGAGCAUGGAGUGACAGUUGGGAAAUGACAGUUGGAUGAAGGGCUCUUCCAUACAGCAGUGUGCUGUGCACUCUGUGCUCCUUACCUGAAUCCUCACAGCCACAUCAAAAUGUACCAAGGUAUUUCCCUAUUUAACAUGAAUUUACGGUUUUUAUGGAAAAUCCAAUAGUUUUGGCUUUUUGUUUUUUCACUCCAGAAACUGCUAUGUGGAAGUGUCCACAUAGGACGUUAAUAGUUCUAUUCCUGACCUGAUGACUGGUAGGGAGCCAACAGUAGGUAAAGCUAAUGACCAGGGGGAACAACUAAUCCUACUUUUGUACCCAUUCACAUCACUUCCAAACUCCACAAAGAAAGCACUGAGGCUAAGGAGGAGGAAACUGACAACCAGGUCCACCCCCUGGGCUGGCUAUGUUAGAAGGCAGGAGCCAAGACGAUGAUAGGACAGUGCUCUAUUUUCCAUAAUGGGCCAACCAACCCUACUGUGAUGUGUGUUUAGGAAGCAGACUAUCUAUGCAGGGAAUGUUUCUUUAUAACUAUGUUUUUAGUUGUAUGUUUUAAUUUAUGCUGCGAGCCACUUUGGGUCCUACACAGGGAGAAAGUUGAGAUAUUAAAAAUAUUUAAAUCCUAAGAAAAGGAUACAUUACAAUACAAACACAUUUAGAUAUUAUAUAGAUAUAAUAUUUUGUUCUUCAUAGAUCCUUUGCAUACAAUACAAUUAAAGACAAGCUGCCAGUAAUCCUGACAAGAGUUAUCAAUAAUCUGGAGCAACAUAAAAAUGAAUUCUUUGAAGAACAUGGUGAAGUAAGAAAUAAGUAUAUUUGACCUUUUCUCUCUUGAUAUUUUAUUGGAAAUCUUAGGUCUUCCUGUACCUUUUGAUAAUUGUUUCAAAUGCCUAGAAAACAUCAGCUUUCAUUUGAACUUGUGAAGAGCCAUGCUAGAUCAGACCAGAGAUCUGUCUUAUCCAGCAUUAUGCUUCUCCAGCGGCAAACUAGAUACUAUGAAGGGAAUAGGCAUCUUCCACUGUCUUUCACUAUCAACUGGCUUGCAGUAGCAUAACUGUUUCUGAACAUGGAGGUUCUCUGUAGCCAUUGUUACUAUUAGAUAGUGAUAAGACUUUUCUUCCCCAUGAAUUUGCCAUUCCCAUUCAAGCCAUUUAACUUGUGGCAGUCACAUAUUAUGCACAGUGAUAUCAAUAAAAUAUGCUUUGUGUGAACAAGCAUUUUCUUUUUUCCUGAAUCUGCUGCCAUGUAUUUUCAUUGGCCUUAAGUUUUUAACUUUGAGACCAUGCUGGGGGUUCCUGUCACAAAAUGGCUACCAUGGGAGGUGUAAUAUAGCAACAUGACUGCUAUGGGAGUGGCUAUGGCAUAACACAAAAUUAAGGAUACAAUCACACUGAAACUUCCCAGGACUGCAUGCCUAAUCUGUUGAAGUUUUGCACACAAAACAAGACAGAAGCAGGAAAAGGAAAAGGACAUUUAAGGGGAGGUAGAAACAGCGUCUCUUUAAGACUGUGGAUUCCUAUUACCUAGUGCCCAAAUCACAGCUCUGACUUCACUCAUCAGCAAAAACACCUGACAGAAGCAGCCAGGUUUGCUCAUUUCACAGAAACUGCUUAUAAGCAUAUCUAUACAUUUUCCUUUAUAACUUACCGUGUCUAGGGGCACCAGUUAAAGUCUUUCAGGCACCACCAUGUCCCAUGGGUUGGCAACCCCCAUCUUAGAAAUUUGUUUCUAACUUUAAAUCACAUUUACUUGAUUAACAUCCAGUAUCACAGACAGGUUAGCAAUGCCAAUGUUCAUUCAGCUUAAUUCAAAUACUAUGUUGUUUGUCAUGUUCCCUGCUCUGAGAGCUAUGCCCUCUGGAUUUGCACUUUUGAUAGGAACUCCUGAGAAAAAGACUUUUUAUAGCUGUUCUGGUGCUUAAAGCACUUUAUUUAUCAAAUAAGAUUUGUUUUUUGUGGGGGGGAAAGUAAGUUUUAUCAACACACACAUUUGAUUGAAAAUAUUAAUUUCCUACUUUAUUUUAGAAAGGUAUUGAAGCAGAGAAGAAAGUUAUAGUCCUUCUGACCAAGUUACGAGAUGAGCUGCAGGCAGACAAGCCACUGACUGCCUUGAAUGACAGCCUCCCUGACACCACUCUGUGGAACCAGUGCUUAGAAUAUCAUCAAAAAUUAUCAGAUGGACCACCAAGCUGGUUUCAGUCUCCUUGGCUAUAUACAGAGUGUUAUAUGUAUCGUAGAAUUCAUGAGGCACUCGCUCAGAAGUAAGUACAUAGGUUUAUAUAUCAGAUAGUAAGCAGUGGCGAGCAUAACCCAUCUAUAAAACAACACAAAAAUAGUUUGCCAGCAGCAAACUGCAUAUCACUGGACAGUUGAGUUACUUUAUAUAGCAGAAAAGUACUGUGUCAACAAGAGUCUUAACAUAGGCAGCUGAAACAAAGUACCAAUGGUGCUUGCUUAAUAGUAAUAGGCAAGGAGUUCCACAACCUAGGUGCAAUCAUGCUUAAAUGCCUUCUGUCUUGUAGAAGCAACACAAACAUGGAACCCUUAGCUGCAUCUCCAACUUAAAAUAUCAGGUAUAUGGGGAAAGGUGGUUCCUCAAGUCAGCUGAUUCCAAGCUGCUUAGGUCUUUAUAUACUAACAGUAAAACUGUGAAUUUGGCCUGGUAGGCUAUAGUCAGCCAAGAUAGGUUUUUAAACAGGCUUUCCAUCAGCAGCACACAACUCUUAUCAAGUGGAGAGUGACGCCUUCAUCCCAGUGGUUCCCCUUUAUCACAUACACAGCACAAGACAACGACCUAUCCCCUCCACAAGCAUCAUAUGAAAUAUGACUAACCUGACCCAACAACCCUCACACUCACAAACAAACCAUCCUGAAACCAACUGAAUGCAACCAACCAAGCUCUGGACCCUCUCUCGCAAUGCCAAUAAAAAUUAAAUGUACAAAUAAAAGCUCUACCCAUGUGAUGCUGACAUGAUAACAUACACAAACGCUAUGCAACAGAACAAAAUACAGUUAUACCUCGGGUUACAGAUGCUUCAGGUUGCUUUUUUUUGGGUUACGGACUGCCGAAACCCAGAAGUACUGGAACGGGUUACUUCCGGGUUUCAGCAGUCGCACAUGCACAGAAGCACUAAAUUAUGCUAUGUGCAGACCCGCCGCUGUGGGCUGCGAAUGUGCAUCCCGAACGGUUUACGUUCGCAACCUGAGCAUCCACUGUAACGUUAUCGUUCCACCUCUCCCCUCUCUUUCCGCCCAACUGCAUUUCUAGAAUGACAGUGUCUCAUACACAAUGUAAAUGAACUGUGAAAAAGGCUCUAUAAAUCAGAAAUGGAGAUGCUAUAUGUACUUUCCCCCAUUUAUUUGUUUGCUUUGUAACGCAAGAAAAUCUCUUUAAAAAAAAAAAGAGGAAGUGACCACACUACUCUCUCCUUGAGGACACCUGGGACCCUUAUACACAGAACUGUGAGCUACAUUCUGAACCUAUCCUGUCAAGAGAGCUUGAACACACUGCUGCAAGCACUGUGUCCGUGGGUGUAGUCGGGGGGGGGGCAACUGCCCCCCCGAGCAAGUAAAUCAAUAAAAAUACUUAACUAACCGAGGUUCUGCCCCCCCCCCCAUAAAUCCUCGCUACACCCAUGACUGUGUCCACAUUUUCAGGCCCCAUCAGCUUACAUUGAUCCCACAGCAUCAUACUAGACAUGACAUACUACAGUCUCAGCAGAGACUGCAAAGGCUAUGGGAGAAAGUUUUUGGCAUUUAGUGAUGUCAAAGACUAAUGUAUUAUUAUGUUUCUAUCCCUUCUGUUUAGUCCACCCAUCAGUGACUAUGAUGUAUUUAAAAAAGAAAAGGAUCAUGGUUUCUUUGAAUCUCAGGAAGCUAUUAUUGUUUUAAGCACCUAUCUACAAGAGCUGUUGAAAAACAUAAAGGGCCUAGAUGAAAAAUUCCUGAAGGAAGAAUUUUUGAAGCUGCUACAGGUAAAAUUGGUAGUACUUUUUGUUUAAAUAAUUUAUCUGUUGCACAUAUUCUGUAAUGUUAAAAUCCAGUUUAAAUAUCUAGUUUCAAAUAUGACCUAAUGGAAACCAUUAGUGAUAAUAUGUUCAGAAACUAUUCAGGCCAUCAGAAUCAUUUUAAGUGAGUUCCUAUCUUAUAAACCUCAGUUACUACUGAGACCCAGAAACAAGCAUGACAAAUGACCUGGAAUAAUACAUGGAACCCCAAAUCUGUUCCAUGCACAUAGUGGAUUUAACAACUAAGGCAAAAAUAUUGUUAUGGAGAGUUUCUGGCAUUUAUUCUCAGUCAUACACAUACCUUCCUAUGAUGAUUCUUCAGAAAACAGUAUAUCAAUUAUUAUUGUUAGCUUGCUUUUUGUUUUUGUAGUUUGCCAAACUAUUAAUUCAUAGGUAUUGAUCUCUCCUUUGCCAAAACCUGAUUAGGGCAUGCUGCCAAAAAUAUUGCUACAGCUUUUACUGUGAGAGAGAAGGUUCAGAAAGUUUCUACAACAUUUAAAGGCCUCUCCAAAAUGAAAUAGGGCUACAGGAAGGCACAUAUAUUGGCCAUGUUUGAUGGGGAUGAUGGAAGUUAGAAGUCGAACAUUGGGAGGGCCACAGGUUCCCCAUCCCUUCUUAGGUAAAUCAGGAGUCUGCUUUAUACUGAGAGAUUAAUCAUAUAACCCAUCUGCAGAAAACUGCUAAAUGCAUAAGCAGAAACUAUAUUAAUUACACUUUGGCCUCAACUUUUCUGUAACAUCACUUGUUAAAGGUAAAGGGACCCCUGACCAUUAGGUCCAGUCGUGACCGACUCUGGGGUUGUGGCACUCAUCUCGAUUUAUUGGCGUACAGCUCAUCUCGGUUUAUUGGGAGCAUUGGUGUACAGCUUCCGGGUCAUGUGGCCAGCAUGACUAAGCCGCUUCUGGCGAACCAGAGCAGCACAUGGAAAUGCCAUUUACUUUUCUGCCAGAGGGGUACCUAUUCAUCUACUUGCACUCUGACGUGCUUUCGAACUGCUGGAGCAGUUGGCAGGAGCAGGGACUGAGCAACGGGAGCUCACCCCGUUGCGGGGAUUCGAACCACCGACCUUCUGAUCGGCAAGUCCUAGGCUCUGUGGUUUGCGUCCCAACAUCACUUGUUAGUAUUCAAUAAAAACCAAUUUAUUGGUUUAGUUAUGUUCUUUCACUAACAGGUGUUUCAUACAUAACACAUUAGAAGGAGGAAGGAGAACUGGAGGGUCACAUUGGCCCCCUGAGCCUGAGGUUCCCUGGCUUAGUGGAUUGGAACCUGACAGAACAGUAAGUGUGUCUUGGCAGAGAAACUGCUACUUCCUAAGCCUGUUCAAGGUCAAAAGAAGUGGAUUAAUUCUCAUUUUUCUUACAUUUCUUAUUAAAUUUUAUUAAUAUUAUACUUGCCUCUUGGGAAUUAACCCAGUGCCUUUUCACAUUGGUUUCAAUAGAAGUAAAAAGAAAUACUCCAAUUCUGACCUACUUUCUCCUGUUACAACAAGCAGAACUCUCAGUAGCCCCUCAACUGCAGUCCUCGAAGAUGCACUUGGUGUAUAGUAGAGCAAGGAUCACUUGGCAUACAGAUUAAGGUGUACUUUUUCCUUCUUUAGGUUUCUCUGUGGGGUAAUAAGUGUGACCUGUCAAUGUCAGCUGGGGCAGAUAAUUCUCAGAAGUCUGACCCAUUACUGUCUGUGGAAGAGUUAAAACCUUUUAUCUUGGUGGAUCACAUGGAAAUGCUUUGGUCACUGCUUAUAAACAAAAAGAACACGAAUAAGCAGACUACUAGACUUGACAUAGUCCUGGAUAAUGCUGGUUUUGAACUUACUGCUGACCUUAUACUGGCUGACUUCUUGUUAUCCUCCAAAUUAGCUACUGAAAUUCAUUUCCAUGGGAAAAGCAUCCCAUGGUAUGUGUCAGAUACUACAAGGCGUGACCUGAAUUGGACAAUUAAGCAAAUGCAGUCAGCUAAUCACAAGGGGAUGUCUAGGUGUGGUGUCUGCUGGGAGGGCUAUUUGAAAAAUGGCGCUUGGAUUUUUCAUGAUCACUUGUUCUGGACCUCGCCACAUGAAUAUUGUAGGAUGGCUCAAGUGGCUCCUGAUUUGUACAGUGAAUUGCAGAAGUCAAAUUUAAUUGUUUUUAAAGGUGAUUUGAACUACAGAAAGUUGAUAGCUGAUCGGAAGUGGGAAUUCACAGUGCCGUUCCAUCAAGCCUUGAACAAUUUUCACCCUGCCCCUCUCUGUAGCUUAAGAACGCUAAAAUGUGAUAUCCAGGUUGGGCUGAAACCUGGGCAAGGUGAACAGCUUACUAAUACUGAACCUGAUUGGAUGAUCAUUGGGAAAUAUGGAAUAAUUCAGUUUGAUGCUGCUUCAUGA